GUCUGCCUUCUCUCUCACCCGUUCUCUCUCUACAACACUUUCCCGUUUGUAUCAACACGGUCCAAUACGACAACAACUUCGAACAAUGGUAGCGUCUACCAGUCCUCCUCCCUCAUCUGCAUUCCUCGACACGCUCGCGAACAACAAGCGCAUCCAGCCUGAUAGCUGGUACCUGAUCGCAGCCGCCGCUUCCGUAACUCUGGGCCGAGCUUCCAGCUGGCUUCCCGCAAUCUACACACAUGCAUGUGCCCCCCUCGGUCCCGCUCCCUUGGAACCCUCUCCCGCACCGGAGAACGUGGCUGAAGAUCCCCUCCCUCGCCGAAAGGUCGUUAGAAGGCUGAAAGAGGCGAUUGUCAAAGGAACGAUCCUGCACGGUGUGCCCACUGGCAUCGGGGCGUCUAUCGCACUCCACGCCGCCCUCGUACCGGGAGACAGGGACGACUCUUUUGUUCGAGAGGGAUUUCACUUGGAUGGGAAGAAUGAGCAGAGGGGAUAUGAGGCGCUACACCGGAUUUAUAGAGAUGAGAUGCCUCUUGUUGGCGACCUCAAGACAGGGAUGAGGGACGUGGAGUGGUUCAGCUACAACAUCACCUACGGGGCGGUCCUCUCCCCUAUCAGCGAUACUAGCCCACGCGCACCCCUGAGCCUGAAGGAGACGGAGAUGGUCAUACUCAGCUGCUUGCUGGCGAUGCGCGCUGAUCUCGAGGUGAGGUGGCACCUGAGAGGUUGUCUUUGGGCUGGCUUGAAAGAGGAAGAGGUUGAGGCCGUCCAAUGUAUGGUCGAAGAGAUCGCAAGAGAGUGCGCGGGGGUGGAUUGUAAGACUGGAAUGCCGAGGGUACACGAUAUGAUCAAGGUGAUGAAAGAAAGGGAGGCGGAGAAAGCUGCUGCUGCUGCGAAAGAUUGA